CACACACACACGCACAUGCACACACACAAGACACAAGACUCACACAUACACAUUUAUGUCAGCUCCCCUGUUCUACUUUGAGGAAUAGUGGAUUACUUUCCAAACUGAACCACUCAUCAAGCAAUUCCAGGCAUGAUAAGUUGGCAGCGUGUCGGAGCGGUGUUGCACUGUGAAAUGAACCAUGGACGGGCCCAAGAGGCCGGUCACUAGCCACGCCAACAGCCGCACAACCACUUGCAGAAGUCCGAGGAGGACCCGCAGCAUGCAGCUGGGCCCUCACUAGCACCAAGUGGACCUGGUCCUCUCCUCUUCACCUGGGGCCGGGGCUGCAGAAUGCUCAGUCCUGUCACCCCAUACAGUCUGUUGAAGAUGCACUGGUCCCCGGAGCACACCGCCCCCUUAACUCAGUGGCCUGAGCAACACCUAGAUGUCACCUCUACCACUUCACCGCCGUCUGCCCACAAACACGACCCCUACGCUGUAGCUGGUCGCCAAAGCUUUGCCCCUGCAGGUUACCCAUGGGCCAGUGAUGACAUAUCAACCCUAACAGCUUCUUCUCUGCUCAAACGAUAUGCUGAGAAGUACUCAGGGAUGGAGCUAUCAUAUGAACGCCCUCCUAUAGGGGCCUACCCAGAGUCUGGACCCUUCCUGAAAACUGAAUCGGAGCCAUGGGCUCUGGGACAGGGCAUGGAGUGCUACCCUGGACUGGAAGCAUUAACUGGCACCAAGGUGGGCUCUGCAUCUCUGGGUAUCCCAGCCACAGGAAGCGUGACAGCAGUGAGCAGUAACUUGGCGACUGAGCCAGGCUAUAAUGUUGCUGGCUCCUGCAAUGCCCCGUCAUCUCAGGAAUACCCUUCUGCCUACAACAGCACCUACCUGUCUUCAGGAUACUGCCCUCAACCCAGCGCAGCACUUCCCCCUGCCCCUCUACACUCAUUGCAGGCCACACCCACUCUAGUGCCCAGCUACAGCGCCAGCACUCCUAUCUACAACUACCCUCCUGGUUGCUACCCCCAAACCAGCCUGUCCUCUGGAUACAGCCACCCCAGUGCCUCCUACCUGCCCCCUGGGAUAAGUGCCCCUACUCCUCUGGCCCCUAGGCCCACCAUGGUGGGGGCCAGUUACAGCUACCCAUCUCACAGCCUUGGAGGGAGCUCUGAGGGAGGCGUACCACUGAAACGUAAGGCCUUUGAGAUGGCAGAGGAUGGACAGGAGGGAGCAGAGGUGGAGGGACCCCGCUACAGAAAGUAUGGCAAUGGCCAUGGAAAUAGCCAUAGGAAAGGGCACGGCAACGGCCAGGGCAAUGGCUACGAUAUGAGCGGCGCGACCUCAGACCCACAGGCCUACAAAUCUGGAAAGCCCAUGAUGUCACCCCCUUAUGGCGGGGCAGGGGACUACAGCCCACCAUCAGGCCUAGCAGGAGACAGUGUGCCAGGAGAGCACACCUUCCCUCAGCAACAGAGAAUGUCUAUGAAGAUCCCUACACCGCACACACGGUCUGAAGACCCCACUGCAGGGCGCUGACAGCACCGGUCGGCAUUUAAAAAGGAUUUGCUCACCCCUGGAAAAACCAACCAGGGUUCUCCAUCCAGACCGACUUGGGUGAACCAAAUUGGAUUUUCAAUGAAAGGUUUGAUUUCACUUUUGAACAACAAGAGGGCACAAGACUGGUAUUUCUUGUGCAUUUUUAACAUUUUCCUUACUCGCGUUUUUCCAAAGAUACACGGGGGCAUUUCGCCCUCUAAGGUUGAGGUAAGUCUUAGGGGUGAGGUUAAGGCAUCCUCUACAUAGAUAGCAUUAAGACAGUCUAAAUGUAUGAGUGUCUGUUUCUCUCAGGAUCCUAUUUAUUUUUCCUUUGGCUACGACGGCAGCAGCACUGCAUCUGCAACGUUACUGUUGUAAAAGUUGGUGUAAUAUUUUGUGGCCAUUAUGUAUGGAAAAGGCCUUUGACUGCAAUAUGUUCUACCACACCACAAAAAUCAUUACCGACCAAAAAGUAAGGAAAGCAAUAACUGAAAUGGUGAGAUCGCCAUACUACUUCAGCACAAUCACUGCUACUUUACACAGCUGACUCGAGAAAUGAAUGUUUCCCUGCUCAUCCCUCGUUUCCCCUUCCUUUACUCAUUUUUUAAAUUUUAAUCCUUAACCCCUUCUUUCCAUGUUCUUUAUCUUAUUCUAUCCCAGUGUCCUGCUUCUUGUUCUCGACCCUUUUCAUUGCUGAACAACUUUUGGUUUUGUCCAGUUCAUACAUAACAAGCUGCUUAACAAAUGAUUACAUAGUAUACACAAAGCCGCCCUUUAAAAUAGUUUUGAUGUGAAGAAAAGGUGGGGAUUUUAUGUUCAUUUAAAAAUGCAAUUAGCAUUUACACCAUGACAUAAUAAGAGUAUAUUCCGAUCGUCUUCACAGCGUGUUGUUUACUUGUAGAUGUUUGUUGAUCCUAAAACCAGAAAAUAUCUGAGAAUAACGGUGCAGCUCACAUAAGUUUCAAACUAUUACAAGAAAUAAUGACUACGCACAUCAAUAGAACAACCAAAAAACAAAAGACUAUGCUUAAGUCUGUAUUCUGCUAAAAUUCACUCAGAGUAAACUGUGUAAAGGUCCAUAUGCUUGUUUGUUACUUCUGUUUGGAUGCACAGCCCAGAAUGUAAGGAUCGCAAUUUAAAAAUUACAUUCUUUAUAAAUAUCUAUCUGCUUGUCUGCUACGGGAUUUCCUUUUUUUAGGUUAUGCAUUCUCUUUACUUUUGCCUCUGAAAAGGAUGAUUUAUAGUUGUGUUAUUGAAUACUCAGGAAGAAUAUUGUUACCUCAGAAUGAUGAAAUAAGAAUGUAUGUUAUUACCUUUGGGUGUUUGUAGGGAGGUUUAUGGAGCAAGAUGUAAACGGAGCCAUGGCUUUUAUUAAGAGCCAAACUUACUCUGAACACUUCAGGGAAACAAUGAACUUAGAAGGCCUUGAUACUAAUAGAAGAAAACACGCACAUGUAGACACACACACACAUAAACACACACACAUACAUACACACUGCUUCUUAGCUCUGGGAAAAUAACUUGAGGUUUUUGUACCAAGGCCUGAAAUGUUGAAUGUAAUUCAGAUUUUAAAAAAUUUAAAAGACAAUACAUGCCAUAAUGUACAUCAAUGAUGUUUUUAGAUAUAUUAAACAUAUUUUCUUCAUGUAUAGAUGUAAUUCUC